AACAAAGUGUUAGGGCUGUGUUGUGCUUCUCCAAUAAAUUGCAGCUACAACCAAUGGGCUUUCUCUUCAAUCUUCAUGAAUGCUUUUUAUUAGUAUGUCUUUUUCGUAAUUGGUUUUCUCUCUGUCAUUUUUCCACUUUUCAGGAAAACUUUUUUAAAUUAAUACCUGUCUGCUAAACAGUUUCACACAGCUUUAUGGAAUUGAAAUCUAACCUCACAGCCAAACCCACCUCCAUAUCCCAAUGAUUCUUUAACUCACGUGAGCCUGAGGACAGAGCCAAUCACAGUUAUCUUCACAACACAACAAAAAUCGAAAAACCUCUUCCUCUUGCGAUUCCCAUUCCUUACUUUACUUUUUCUUUCCUUUCCUUUCCUUCCUUUUUCUCUCUCAGAUCAAACACCUUUUUCUUAUCCUUCCUUUGAAAUGCAUUGUUGUUGUUGCAGAUAUCUAUUUCCAUGGCGCUUGGCAAUUUUUGUAUGUUUAGUUUCACAUUUACUAGAAUCUCAAAUGGCUUCUUCAGCUUUGAUAUUGAGCUUGAGAAACCACCAUAACAAGCAUCAUAACAGAAGCCCAAUGUUUCAAGCUAAUCGAAGCUCUUGUGCUUUGUUCGUAGGCACUUGGGUUCCAGAUCACACUUAUCCUCAUUACCAAUCUUCUAAUUGCCCCAUUAUAGAUCCUCAGUUCAAUUGCCAAUCCUACGGUCGACCUGAUUCCGAUUACCUCAAGUACAGAUGGCAGCCAUUGAAUUGCGAGCUUCCAAGAUUCAAUGGUGUUCAGUUUUUGGAGAGAAUGGAAGGGAAAACAAUAAUGUUUGUUGGUGACUCUUUGGGAAGGAAUCAAUGGGAGUCUUUGAUUUGUAUGAUUUUAGCUUCUGUGCCUGCUUCAACUUCUACACAGAUGAGCAGAGGAAUGCCUCUUUCCGUCUUCAAGUUCUUGGAGUAUGGAGUGGUGAUUCAAUAUUACAAAGCUCCAUACCUGGUAGACAUAGAUGUGGUGCAAGGGAAGAGAAUCCUAAGACUAGAGGAUAUAUCCGGCAAUGGCAAUGCUUGGCGAAACGCUGACGUUUUGGUGUUUAACACAGGUCAUUGGUGGAGUCAUCAGAACGCUCAACAAGGGUGGGAUUACAUGGAAUCAGGAGGCACGUACUACCAAGACAUGGACCGGUUAGUUGCUUUGGAGAAAGGGCUAAGAACAUGGGCCAAGUGGGUUGACUAUCACAUUGACUCUUCUACAACUAGAGUGUUUUACCAAUCCAUCUCUCCAACACAUUACGAUCCAAACGAAUGGAGUGCGGGGCCAGCAACAGCAAUAGGGACAAGAAAUUGCUAUGGCCAAACAGCACCAACCACAACUAUUGGAACAAUGCCUCCAGGAGAAUAUCUUGACCAAAUGAGGGUUACAGAUAAUGUGAUUAGAGAUAUGCAUAACCCUGCUUAUUUGCUGGACAUUACAAUGCUAUCUGAGCAGAGAAAAGAUUGCCACCCAUCAAUAUAUAGCGGUGACUUGAAUCCUCAGCAGAGGGCUAACCCUGAUAGAUAUGCUGAUUGUAGCCAUUGGUGCCUUCCUGGACUUCCUGAUACUUGGAAUGAAUUAUUUUAUACUGCUUUGUUCUUUUAACUACUAAUUUCUAAUUAUAUAUUGUUAGAAGAUGCAUAAUUGCAACCCUCAGAAUUUUAUAGCUUAAUCAAAUCCUAGCGUUAUAGAUUUUCUAUUUGUUUUAAAUGUUAGCUAAUUACUUUACUUCCUUUACUUCUGUAAAUCAUAUUAUUUGCCAGUAGAAAUGACAGCUUAGUUUA